CAUCUGCGAGCACGAUAAGGAAUUUGUUGUAAUGGCUUCUUCUUCUUCACUACGUCUUAUAAAUGACAACAGCGCAAACAGUCCUAAAAACAGUAACAUGGACAUUGCUGAGCAUGAUGAGGAGUUCACUGUAAUGGCUUCCUCUUCAUUACCACUCUCGGUAAUCGAUGACGGCCCAAACAAUCCUAAUUGUAGCAGCAUCAAUAUGGCGCAGGAUACUGAUGAAUAUGGCCCAGUCUCUUCCACUUCAUCCUUGCAAAGAACUACUACCAUCGACACGGCACACCUUACCAAUGAAUAUGUUUCAGUGGUUUCAUCUUCAUCUUUGCAAAGGACUAGCAGCUCCGAAUUCGAUCAGUUGGAACUGUACAAAGCUGUGCUCAAUGGUGACUGGGAAAGUGCUUCACAAUUAUUGAAGAAUAAUCCACGAUUAUUCUCCGCCCGGUUCGGAACAGAUGAAUCCCGAAUUCUUCACAUAGCAGUUGAGUUAGGAGAGGCCAGAAUGGGUUUCGUGGAGAAGUUGCUUAAGUGUAUGCCAAGUGAGGCACUGGCUCUGCGGGAUUCUGAUGGCGCCACUGCCCUUUUCAACGCUGCAAGGGCUGGCAAUAUAAAAGCAGUCAAGUUGUUAGUGAACGAAAACCAAAACUUGCCCAAUAUCUGCAACCGCCAAGAUUUUGCGCCUCUUCACAGCGCUGUUAGGUAUGGUCAUAAAGAGCUGACUUUAUAUUUAUUAAGCGUCACCAGAUAUAAUGAACCUCCAUAUCCUUUCUCAAAUUCGCCUGGAUUGGAACUUCUGCGCAGAGCACUAAUGGUGGGGUUUCAUGUAUUGGCUAAAAGGCCUUGGGCUUUCCCAAGUGGAAGUCGCUUCAACUUAUGGCAACUCAUAAUAUAUCACUGUGUUCCUGUGAAAUUAAACCAUUUUCUUAGUCAACCUAAUAGAGGAGGCAUGGAGAGUCAAGUUGGUAGCUAUGAACCAUCCACACAAAUGUGUUGUUGGACUCGAUUGUUCAAAGCUUGCCGAAAGGUGAAUGCAAUAUUCUGGGAACUGGUUGUAUGGUUAGUACCACCCAUCAAGCACAUCCAAGAAACAAAAACAAUGCAUACUCUGACUCUUCAAUUGCUUAACCACCUAUGUACUGAGGUUUUGAGAGUAUCAAGAGCACAGGGAAUAUUUAGACAAUCAUUCAUUAAUGGUGCAAAAUAUGGGAUUCCCGAGAUUCUGGAAGAGAUUAUAAAGUCAUAUCCUUAUGCACUCGAGUAUCUAGAUGAGGAUGUAUUCAAAUUGGCAGUAUUAAAUCGUUAUGAAAAGAUUUUCAACCUCAUCUGCGAAACCGGUAUGCAUAGACAACUUAUAAUACGAACCGAAGAUGAUUCAAAUAACAUCUUGCAUUUGGCUGGAAAAUUGGCCCCUCCGCACCGGCUCAGUCUCGUUUCUGGUGCAGCUCUACAAAUGCAACGCGAGUUACAUUGGUUUAAGGAAAUUGAAAAAUAUGCCCCGAGAGCCUUCAAUGAAUCUAAGAACGAAAACAAAGAUAAACCGAAAAUGGCAUUUAUAAAGGAACAUGAAAAGUUGAUAAAAGAAGGGGAGAAAUGGAUGAAAGGCACUGCAAAAUUUUACACAUUGGCAGCAGCGCUUAUUGCUACUGUAGUGUUUGCAGCAGCAAUUACCAUCCCGGGUGGCAACCAUGAUGAUACUGGCAUACCAAAUUUCUCCAAAGAAAUUGCCUUCAAAGUUUUUGCAGUUUCGGAUGCGCUUUCCCUCUUCUUAUCCAUUGCUUCGGUGCUGAUAUGCCUAUCCAUUCUCACGACACGAUAUGCAGAAGAUGAUUUUCUUUUUGCCCUUCCCAGGAGGUUGAUAUUUGGCCUUGUUACUCUAUUCCUCUCUGUGACAUUCAUGAUUCUCUUUGGUGAAAAGAAGGCAUGGAUUCUUAUCAUGAAUAUUGAUGAUAUGCCUACGAGAUGA